AUGAGCACUUCACGCAAAGCCCUUAGGAAACGCCAUAUAGAUUGGAUGAUCUCGUAUAACAACCCAACUCCUAUAGAAUUCUUUCGUUUCAUCCAACCAAUACAUAAAUCUCGUGCGAUUGAAAAGUAUGUUAAAAUACUCGAUGAGGCUAUCAACCUAUGUGAGGAUCAGGAAAAACAGUUAAAACUAAGAAAUCUUAAAGAAACCGUUAAUUGCAAUUCAGAUUGGAGUUUGUGGCUUGUAGAAAAAAAAGCGGAGUCAAUUCGUGACGAAAUCCAUGAAACGAAUAUGGGAGUACACCAAGAAUUAAAUGUCAUUGUCAGGAAUAAAGGAAAACAAAAGAUUAAUUACAAUGAUGAGGAAGGUGAUAGGGUCAAAGAUAAUAAUGAUAGCAUCGGAGAUAAAAAUGAGGAAGGUGGUAGCAGUAACAAUGAUGGAAUCGAGGAAAGUGAUGGCUACAAUGACGAUAGCACCGACGAUAAAGAAGAGGAAUACAGCAACGAUAGUGAUAUAAACGGGAAAGAAUAUGUAGAUGAAGACAAGAUAGUCGUACACGAUAUCCUUGAUUCUGAUAUAUCAGCAACUCAGGCUGAACAAGAUAUUUUAAAAAUAUAUCAUUCAAAUUUUGAUAAUUGUCCUGCCAUGGACCUUCGGCUAUAUUCAAAACUAUCCCUCUUGUUAGACCAAGAGUUGCAAGAUAAUAUUUUACAUGAAGUUUUUGAUGAAAUAGACAAUGACUAUAUAACAGAUGAAAUCCACAAUUUCCUCACCGACUUUUUUAAUGCCGAUCACGGCAAACAAGGAUGGUGCGAAUCAGUUCGGAGAAUAGUCAUUAAUGAUAAGGAUUCAGAAUUACUGCAAUGUACAAAAGAGUUGCUUAAAGGAACACUGGGGCAGUUUGUAAAGGCCUUUUCCUUGGAUGCGUUGAAUCCCUUAAGAGAUAUUACGAUAUUAGAAAGACCACAUCUCAAUCAAUUCAUACACCCGUUAAUUGACAAUGUAUUGUGGAUCUUCGCAAGUAUUAAUUAUAUAUCUGGCGAAAUUUCUCUGCAAGGAAAAGCAAGAGUCAUGGUGGACGGUGCUGGAUACCUUAAUGAUGUUUCAAACUAUCAAAUUAUUUGCAUGGAGGGAGCAAAACCGGGGGCGAGAAAUAAGAAAAAUGUUGACGACGAUAAAAAGAACAUUAAAAGCAUGAUACAACUGUUUAAUAAUAUAAUUGUAUCAGAAGCUUCAGAACGAAGACAAAUAUACACAGGUCUUCGAGUAUAUGGUGCCACCGCUUAUAAAACCGAACUCUCCCUUACAAUGCUUGAUUUUCGCGGGACAUAUCGUUUGUUUGAAGUAGACCGUUUUAGUCUUCCAAAAGAUUGGGUAGACAUGCCAAAAUUCGCCUUUAUGUAUGAAGCUCUUAUAAAGUGGGCG